GAAAUUCUGAUGAGUCAAAUAUUAAAAUUAUAAUGGGUUCAGUUUGGAAGCGUAUUCAACGUGUUGGUAAAAAAGCAGCAAAGUUUCAAUUUUUUGUACAAUUACAAUCAGUGACUUUAGAAUGCAAGAAAGAUAAUAAAUGGACACCAACAAAGUUAUUAGUAUUGUUUCAAAGAGGUGCAAAUCGACGCAAGUACUCAAGACCAUUUAAUUUUCAACCUGGCAUUGCUAAACCACAUCGAGGAGUAAUGGUAUGGGUAGAACCUGAAGAGCUUGAUAUAGUUUGUACACUCUUUAAGGAAGAUAAGCAAGGAUCCUCAUUUGAACCAAAAGAAUGGACAUUUAUCAUACUUGAUGAAUCUUCUGGACGAAGAAAGCCUUUAGCUCAAGGUUCAAUUGAUAUGGCUAAAUUUUACAGCAUUGAACCUUCAUCCAAACAAAUGACCAUAAAAAUGAAAUCUUGCAGCAGUAAAAUUUCUCAAGCACAAAUUGACAUUGGGCUUUCUUGUAUUUUCUUAAGAGAAGGAAAAGCAACAGAUGAAGAUAUGCUCAGUGUAGCAAGCAUGAUGAGUUUAAAUGAAGCAGAAAAUUUUAAUUUUGAUGUUGACCAUCAUGUACCAAGUUUAUUAAAUAGCAGCUUAAGGAGAAGUGGGAAAUGGAGCAAGCGUUCAAGCACAAAAUCUAACUCUAGACCUGGUUCAUUGAUUGGUGACUCAAAUUCGUCUGUAUAUCUUAGCUGUGAUAGUGGUUGUAUUUCAAAUGUUUCAAAUGCUUCGUCAGAAGUUUUUUUCACACCUAAAAAGUGUGCAAGUUCAAACAGUCCAUCAACAAAACAUUCAACACCAAAUCAAAGUCCUAAAGAAACUGAUAAAAAUAAAAAAAAUGGACCAGAUUCAGAGUUGCUGAAAUGGUCUCAGCAAAUUACAGCAAACUACAAAGAUGUCCAUGUCACAGAUAUGACAACCUCAUGGCGAAAUGGAUUGGCUUUUUGCGCUAUAUUACAUCAUUAUCAUCCAGAACUAGUAGAUUUUUCAAGUUUAUCACCACAAAAUAUUUCGUACAAUAACAAGUUGGCUUUUGAUGGUUUUGAAUAUCUUGGGAUCCCUAAGAUUCUUGAUCACAAUGAUAUGGUAAGAACAAAUACUCCAGACAAAUUAACUGUGAUGACAUAUGUCCAUCAAAUAAAAGAACAUUUUGAAAAUAAAACCAAAUCAAGCAUUUGCUCAUUAGUUUCUCAGUAUAAGUUUAUUACUCACGACGAAGAUAUGUUUCCGACUCUAUCUUUCAACACUCGAUCAACACAAAAAGCAGAUCAAAAAAAAAAGAAGCAAUCAAAAAAAUCUAAAACAGAUGUCUCUCCAAGGAAAGCUGAAAUCGAUAGCGUAACAGAUGAACAUGAAGUUAAUUCUAUUUUUGAGCAAUUAAGACUUUCUGAAAGUCGCAUGGAAGUUCAAAAAAUAACUAAGCAAAUGAAUGAGUUCCAGGCUCCAAGACCUAAUCUAUGUAAAAAUAUAUCUGAAAGUAUUGAUGAAGAUGAAGCUCUUAAUUCUGUUAUCGGUGAUAAUGUGAAAUCUGAAGAAAUGAUUCAAGAAUCUUCUGCAGAUAAAUGUCAAACAGUAGUUGAAGCAAAAAACACAGAUAUUGUAGAUAGUGUUCCUUCUGAAGAUCAAUUUUCUCCCAUUUCUGAUAAUGUUUUUGAAUCAAAACCUAAACGCAAACUCUCUUUAACUGCUGAGUUAGGGCAGAGUCCAAUAUAUGAAAACAAGGAAAAUUUUCAGAGUUUGUUGUUAAGUCAAGAUUUUUCAGGUGAUAAUAUAAGCACCUUGAGUGAUAUAAAUUCUUCUGAACUAAUAAACAAAAGCUCAACUUCUGAUGCAGAAAAUGUCAUCAAUGAAAACACUCAAGUUAAAUCAAGCAGUGGUAGUAGUUGCUCCCAAAAAUUCAAUGAGCCUCUAUUUACUCCAGAAAAAAAUAAGCAAGAAAUCAUUCAAGAAAGAGCUCGUCAACUUAUCAGAGAAGCUCGUCUCAAAGCUAAACACCAAGAAGCUGUGACAAGUGAAAAAUCUGAAACAGAGGAGGAGGUUAUAGCUAGAGCAAAAAGUUUCAUUGAGGCUCAGAAAAGAAAAGAAGAAAUCCUUCAGCAAAAACUUAAUACUGAAGAGGAUCGUAAAUCACUGCUUCGAUCUAAAGCAACACAUUUGCUUGAACAAGCAAAACUAAGAGGCUCGUUAACUAACAUUGAUCGUAGCUGUAGUCCUAGUAGUGUAGAUGCUGAAGGCACAAAAAACAUACCUGUUGCUGCAAAUAGUCAAGAAGGUAGUCAAGCAGGUAGUCAAGCAGGUAGUCAAGCUGCAGAGUUUAAAAAAAACCCAUUCACCCUUGUUAAAAAGAGAAGAGUAAAGUCAUUGCAGAUAAAAAAAGUUGGGAAAGAAGUUGAAGAAUCAAAAGAAAAAACAAAGCUCACAACACAUAAGGAUGCAGCAUCUUAUGCUGACUCACGCAAGGUUCAGUUUGAUACGUUUGGAGAAAAUUGCCGCCAUAAGCCUAAACGUGAUGUUGCAGCUGAAAUUGCAGCAGAAUUGGCAAAAAUGAAGAGAGAAGAAGAACAAGAACUUAAUUCAGUCGACAUACAUCAAGCAGAUCCAUCUGGAGAAGAUAGUGAUCAAAUAGUCACAGAUGAAGAAGUUGAUGUUCCUGUUGAUGAUUACUUUUAUGAGCUAGAAAACUUUAACUUGCGAUCUGCUGGGGAGUAUUACAACAGUGAACUAACAGAACUCCAUAAAGAAACAAAGGCCUUGGACUCAGUUGCCCAAAAACUUGAACAUGAACUUAGAAAAGCCAUGUCAGAAGGUAUUAAAGAGGAGGAAGAGGAUUUGUUGCAAGAAUGGUUCAACUUAGUUAAUAAAAAAAAUGAUAUAAUUCGAAGACAAAAUGAAAUAGCUUUGUUAGCUCAAGGUGACGACUUAGAAAGUCGCUGUGAAGUUAUUAAUCGGGAAUUGCGUAUUCUGAGUGCUAUGAGUGAACGCGAGAAAACUGAGGAGACACAUAAACGUGAAGAAGCAUUACUUACUCAGUUAGUGGUGUUAGUAAACCAAAGAAAUCAACUUGUGCAACUUGAAGAUUCCCAACUGCAGCAAAGUGCUCAAGACGAAGAACACGUUCAAACAGUACUUUCCCAACAAACUAUGUUUGCUCAGCGAGAUUCUGCUGUUGGCUCAAUGGUAGGAUGGGUUAAAGGUUUCAAAUCAAAGUUUUGGUAGUCUCGUAUUUUCGGGGUUUUCUGAACGCGUUUGAAUUGUGAACGCGUUAUUUGGUGAUUUCUAAACGCGUUUUUUAGUGAAUUCUGAAAGUGUUUGCAACAAUGUUUGUGUUUAAAAAAGAAAACCGCUUCUUCACAUGCUGUCGAAGGAAAAUUUACCAAAAAUUGGUUGGAUUAGGCAGAAAUUGGUUGAAAUUGGAUCAUCUAUUUGCUUUGCUUACCUCUCAAUUUGUAGCAUGAUAAACUUACAAAUGAGGAAAAAUGAAAUGAAUUUGAAAUAGAUUCCGAAUAGAUCUUUUUAUACGCGUUUAAAUAUUUUUACUUUUUUU